UCCACACAGCAAAGACAGUCAGAACAAAGGAUAAAAUAUAAAAGGAAUAAAUAACAAGUAACUUUAUCAGCAAAAUAACAAAAACAAACAAAAAAUCCCAGAUAAUAAUAUAGAAAAAAAGAACAUUAAGACAAUACAACUUCACAAUCCAACCUCAUACCCAAAUGAAAACCAAACUAACGCCACCACUUGUCCCACGCAGGUACAGGCACACGCGCAUAAGCAGUAAAAAAUUCCGGAAACGCGUCGUCCAGAAAAGCGGCGAAUGUAAUGUCACGCCUUCGAACGUGGCCAAGCGCAGGAGACGCUACUUGCAGGAUAUUUUCACUACGCUCGUCGAUGUGCAGUGGCGGUGGACCCUGCUGGUGUUCGCAAUGUCCUUCAUGAUGUCGUGGCUUGUCUUCGCCGUCAUCUGGUACAUCAUCGCCUACACACACGGAGACCUCGAGGAAGCGAAUCAGAGUGACAAAGGCUGGACCCCCUGCGUGGUAAACAUCUACAGCUUCACGUCCUGCUUCCUGUUCAGCGUCGAGACCCAGCACACCAUCGGCUACGGGUCGCGGCACACCACAGAAUACUGCCCCGAGGCCAUCAUCAUCAUGUGUGUGCAGAGCAUCACGGGGGUCAUGAUACAGGCCUUCAUGGUGGGCAUCGUGUUCGCCAAGCUGUCGCGGCCGAAGAAGCGCACGCAGACGCUGCUCUUCUCCCGCAACGCGUGCCUGUGCCUCCGCGACGGCGAGAUGUGCCUGCUGUUCCGCGUGGGCGACAUGCGGAAGUCGCACAUCAUCGAGGCGCACGUGCGGGCGCAGCUGAUCCGCAAGCGGGUGACGCGGGAGGGCGAGGUGCUGCCCUUCUUCCAGUACGAGCUCGACGUGGGCUACGACAUCGGCGAGGACCGCAUCUUCUUCAUCUGGCCCAUGACCAUCGUGCACAAGAUCAACGAGAACCGCUCUCCGGCGGCGCACGACCUGCUCAGGGAGAAGUUCGAGAUCGUCGUCAUUCUGGAGGGCGUCAUCGAGUCCACAGGAAUGACGACCCAAGCGAGGUCCUCCUACCUGCCCAACGAGAUCCUGUGGGGAUACAGGUUCGAGCCGUUGGUCACCUUCAACAAGAACACGGGCCAGUACGCUGUGGAUUAUUCCCUCUUCAACAACACUUACCAGGUCAACACGCCGCUCUAUUCCGCAAGGGAGCUCGACAGAUUAAACAGCCAAGAAUCUUCACCAGAACGCGAUGGUGAAGACUCGGACUCAACCACACCACAACAGCAUGAGACCAGUUCGCAAGUUACGCCUCUCACCCCGCUGACGCCCAUGUCCCCCCUGACGCCCAUGACGCCCACCUCCUCGACGGGAAAUGUGGGCGGGACGUGCACCCUCGACAUGCACGGGUGCGGCCACGACACCCCCGGAGAGACCCCCUCCUCCCAGCCUCUACUGCAGGACCACAGUCACGUCUAGCAGAUGGCCCCGGGUGCCAUGGGGUGCCCAUGUCCGUGCCUUACUGGGAUGGAGAACUCCCUCCGCGCGCGGGGGUGCCGCGCCUCGGCCCACCCGUGCCCUUGCAGAAGUGAGCGCCGCGCCAUCCCCAGCUGCACUCUGUCCCAUACCACGCAGACUUGUCCCCCUAAACUUGCUGUCUCCUCGACCUGCGCCGCCAGACAGGUGCCUCUUAAGCAGGCUCAGCCUGGCCGGCCGCUCGGGCUGGCCGCCGGCCCUGUCCUACCCAGCUCCCACCUCCUCGACCACCUCGGGCUGAAACCUCCUCGCGUGGAAAUCAUGCCGUCGCCGACCAUCCAGGCUUCCAGGUCAUCCCUCUCGCUGUCUUCCAGGUCACCCAUGGACUCAGGACCCCAGCAAGAACUCAGCCGGAAGAGGUCUGCCUUGCCUUGGCCACGCAAAGGCCAGUCCUGGUCCCUCCCGAAGGCACCGAAGAGGCUAGGACGAUUCUCUAGUCGACGGAACCGAUCCAUGAACUGUCCGCCUCCGUCUAGUUCAUCCACUCUCCACCCACCCGCCCGCGCCUCCCUCCACCCUCCUUCCCGCUCCUCCAGCCUUCGGCCGCCCGCUCGUGCCUCGGCGAGUCACCCUCACGCCCACAUCUCGACCCUCCACCCCCUCGUACGGGCGUCCACCCUUCAUCCCUACAGCCGCACCUCCAGCAGCCAUCCAGACUUCCGCGAGUUUUACUUCUGAGAGUGAGCGCGCACCUCCUACCGGGCGCGACGACUAGCCAGUGGCCGCGCGCCCUCUGCCCCCUGCUGCGGGUGAAUGUUGCUCUACAUGUGUCUUAUACGCAGAUGGUUGUGAUUAGUGAUGAAUUUCAGAGCGAUAUUUCCUCUCAAGAUUUUUUUCUCUUUUUUCAUCGUCCCAGAUGGUCUGUCAUUUGGAUUACAAAUGCUCAACUUGAAAAUGAUGUACAUCACUGGAUGCGCGUGAACAUAGUGCAGCGAUGUACAUGGUGGCAAUAAAACAGUGUGAUGCAAGGAUAAUGGCCAUUAAAUCGAGGUUCAGGAAUGAAGAGGCCAUGAAGUGUGUACAGGGUGUCCAUUAUGGUACAGGGAUCCAAGAUCAAAACCCACAAUCUAACAAAUAUUUGCUUCAAAUCUCUCUCUCUCUCUCUCUCUCUCUCUCUCUCUCUCUCUCUCUCUCUCUCUCUCUCUCUCUCUCUCUCUCUCUCUCUCUCUCUCUCUCUCUCAGUCAGUCAGUCUCUAAAAGACACUGCGCACACCUCUGAUCCCCGACAUCCCCUUUCCUGAAAAUGUUCACAAGCAGCGCCGAGACAGCGAAGCCAGGAAGCCAGAAGAAACUUUAAUCAGAACUGGUAAUCUUCGAACGUGUUUUUUUUUAGUGUGUCGGCAACUGAUACACGGGAAUGGACGUCUCACUGCUCGGGGAAAUAUAUAUACAUGUAUAUGAAUAUAUAAAUGGCUCCAAGACAGACAUGUAAAGUGGUUGUUAUACUAGGAAAUAAGUAGAUGGUGCUAUUUAUUCUACUUUUUUGAGUUAGAAAAUACCUGUACAGUAUUUCACAGUAGUUUUAAGUCACGUAAAAUAAGGGGUGACUUAGAAAUAAGUUAGCCUGUUUGUGAUAUAGAAAGACGACUUGUACCCAGUGCCCAAGCAUUCCCUUCUCGGGCUCGG